UUUUUUUUGUUAGGGGGGGGGGGGGGUCCACAUCUCUUCAUCUUCUCACCGUCGCUUCUCCGUUUUGUUGUAAUUUCUUGUUAUUGUUUCUCACGUGAUGCCCGCUGCUUCGCAGAGAAGCCCGCGGAUGCCGAGUUAGGAGAUAAAAACAGAAGGCAAAUGCUCUGUCGGGGAAUAACAGAAACAACUACGCACGCUUGCGUCCCUCGUUGAGCGCUGAACGGAGCCGCACCAUGGAUCUGUCGUUCAUGGCCGCGCAGAUCCCGGUCAUGACGGGAGCCUUCAUGGACUCCUCGCCCAUUGACGACUACAGCGGCGAGCACUCGCUCUUCAACUCCUCGGCCAGCGUCCACGCCGCUGCCUGUGCCGGCUCGGUGCACGGCCAGCAGGAUGAGUCGCAGUCCAUGUCUAGCGACGCCAUCUGGCUCUGGAUCGCCAUCAUCGCCACCAUCGGGAACAUUGUGGUGGUUGGGAUCGUCUACGCCUGCACUUUCUGAUGAACACACACACGCACACACACACACACACACACACACACACACGCACACACACACGCACACACAUCCUGAGCUUUGUGGAACUGUGUAGACAGACUGUCUCUCUCUCUCUCUCUCUCCCCCUGUGUCUCUCGCCCCCUUGCACUUGGAUCAUUUUUAGCCCCUAAUGGUGUAGAAGUUGUGAUGCCAGACAAUGAAACAUUGACUGCUAUACUUCUUCCUCGCGGGGAUCGUUUUUUGGAUAAUUCAACUGGCAGUUUGAAAGGUAGCGUUUGUGUUCAACGGCUCUUUAGUUAAAAACAGAAGCGUCAGACCUGCACUCUGUACCAAGAAUAAAAAAACAUCUUUUUUUCUUUUCGGCUAAGUUUGUUUCCAUGUUUCUCCUUUGACAAGACUCUCAUUAUCAUGCAGAGAUGAGGAUGGAGGUUAAAUGGGGCUUGAGAUUCAGGUUGAUCCAGGACAUCUUAACCAUCCACCAGAUAGCUGCUUGGCAAUUCAGGGCAGUGCUGUUUAAUUAUGCGGCUGAACAGAGAUGGUUUUAAAACAUUUAUAAUGUGGCGGUAUUAUUCUCAUGCCAGGCAGUCCUGAGGCCCUGAACGCUGGAGCUCAUUGAGGGACUAUUUUGUGGACGAAACACGGCGUGGACACCGAUCAUCAGUGUAUGUAGCAUUAAACAAUAUCACUGACCGGAAACGAAAAAUAAUCUGGUUAAAAAUCUCAUAAAAAUGGUUUCAGCCAUGUUAAUUCAUUUAUAUGCAAUGGGUGACGUUUUGAUUAAGUAAGUGGUGUAAAACUAAGUUAACCCCUUUAAAGUGGAUGUUCUUAUUGUCAAAUACUUAUAGUAAUCUUCACAUGAAUUCUAAGAUAAUCAGAUUGUAUUGUUAUCGUCUGUUGAGUUGUUUAGAAAUUGUUUACAGAUGUUGACAAAGUACAAUCCAAAACACAAAUUGAAUUGCAAGAUUACAUCUUUACUGACUGCACCUAACUGUUUUUCUCAAAGUACAGCUUGUAAAAGUAUUUCUUAUCACUCAGAAUUAAUGCUGUCAACAGGGCAGGGCAGAUUGGUAAAUUGGUAAAUGUAUGUCUUCAAAAGUAAUUUAACACUUGCCACAUCUGUAGUGAACUUUGUGAUAAAUAUAUGCCAAUGUCAAGAGGAAGAGGAUGCCUCAUUUUGAAAUGAUAUGUAGUCAUAUACCCAUUUCUACAUUUGUCACUGUUUAGUAAAUUAGGUUUGUCUCACUAGGGAUUCUGGAGGCGGGCGUCUCCAUGGCAACUAAUCCUUGUUCUAAUUGGAUGCAAGAACAUUACUCUGAGACUCAAGAAUCAAACUGCAGCCACUAAUGCAAUCUGUGCUCUUUAUGAUGGUCAUUAUACAAAUUGCUUGGUUGAAAAUCACAGCAAACUUUGCACUGACUUUACACAAAUAUGACAACUGGAAAGCAUUGUUGUUUAUUUCUUGUGCUUAUUGUUGUGGUUGUUUUAAAUGCAAGCUACCGUAGGACAAUGUUCUUGUUUUUCUGAAUGUGAAGUCAGUGAAUAAUUUUAUUUUUGAUUGACACACUGACUGAUCUAUAUAUUCAGACAAAGAGAGAGAAAGACAAAGACGGUAGUCCUUUUUCAGCAAACCUAUUUCCUCCUGUGGUUUAUGAGUUAAGCUAUCCUUACGCUUUAGGUCAAAAUAUAUAAACCUGUCUCGUAAACACAAUACUAUACAUGUUUAAAUGUCCGUACACUGCGGACUACAAUACUAGCUAACUGUAUCAAAUGUACCAAUGUAGUCUUAUUAUGACGUUGGCAAUGUUCAAGGGACUUUUCAAGCCAGUUAUUUUUAAUAAAUGUUUGAUGUAGAAA